AUGGUUUUCGAAGUCAGGGCCGAGGACAAGGAACUGACAUCCUACCAGCGGAAGUUCUCGAUGAAAGAGAUUUUGACGAGACUCAACGCUGGCGGCAUCGAAACGCGCAUGUUCUACUCCGUGCAACGUGAUGAGGUGUAUUGCAAAAUCCGAUGCCCGUUGGAACGGCUCCAACGUGAAGCGGACCGCGUCGGGUACAAGAUUUUGCUCGACGCCAACAACCUACGGAGUACGUGCCAGCAUGGCCGACCGGGGAAAUGGGCGUCCAUCGUUAUCCAGGACGAGUACAACGAAUCACCGUACGAGGCGUACGAGUACAUCUACGCGCCGUACACAGUGGACAGGCCAGAACUGGAGAGCUUAUACAAGAAGCACGGUGGCCUAGAACGCGAGGUGAUGAUGAUCCCCUUCCGGGGAACUGACAGGUUGAAACUCCUGUACAGCAUCCUCGUCGCCAAGACAGCAGACUCGGGGUGCAACCUCGACAUCCUCCGGCUGGUCAAGUCCAAGUGCCUGUUGGCCUUCUUCCCUCUCCAUGACAAGGUUGAGCUGCGGGCCCUUCAGCGGAAAUGGCUGCAGUACUUUCGCCCUCCUUGGAAAGAGCCGAUCGACGACGUCAAGAACUACUUCGGCGAGAAAAUAGGGCUCUACUUUCUCUGGCUAGGGCACUACACCACCUGGUUGAUUCCAGCCAGCAUCGUCGGGGUCAUGGCUUGGGUGCACGUGGCCUUGAGCGGGAAUGACCCGAACGCGCUCGGCUCGGCGCUCUUCUCCAUUUUCAUCGGGUUGUGGACAACACUCUUCACGGAAUUCUGGAAAAGGAAGCAGGCCAGGUGUGCUAUGCGGUGGGGGAUGUCUGGCUUCGAGGAGCAGGAGCAGACAAGGCCGCAGUACAAGGGCAUCAGAUCCAGCUCGACUAUUGACGGAAAGCCGAUGGACUACUUCCCUCCGUCGGAGAGCCGGAAGCGUUUCAUCUUCAGCCAGACCGUCAUCCUCGGCCUGAUUCUCGUUGUCAUAGGGGUCGUCGCGUCCAUCUUCUGGCUCAAGUACUUCCUCACUCAGCCGGCUCAGUCGUCGGCGCUCGACGUGUGGGGGGUAUCCUUCGCGACGAUCAUCCCCCCCCUGGUCAACGCGGUCCAGAUCCAAGUCAUGAACGCCUUCUACGGCACGGUGGCCAUCAAGCUCACAGACCUGGAAAACCACCGCACAGACACGGAGUACGAGGACAACUUGAUCGCGAAAACCUUCAUGUUCCAGUUCGUCAACUCCUACGCGUCCCUGGUGUACAUCGCCUUCAUCAAGGAGAUCAUUGGCAAUCCGUGCCUGGUAUCUUGUAUGAACGAGCUGAGCACAAACCUGAGCACGGUGUUCCUGGCUAGGCUGGCCGUGGGGAACUUAUCUGAAGUAGUUCUUCCAAUUCUCAAGGCACGAAGAAGACAGAGGGAGGAAACGAUGGGGUCAGACCCAGAGAGGACAUUCAGCGGGCCGGAGCGGGAGUACAUCAAGGAGACCUACGACGUCAUGCUCGGUACCUUCAAGGAUUACGCCGAGAUGAUCAUUCAGUUUGGCUACGCGACUCUCUUUGUUGCGGCGUACCCGCUGUCGUGCCUCAUGGCCUUGGUCAACAACUACAUCGAGAUCAGAAUCGACGCGUGGAAGCUCUGCCAGGUGUCUCGAAGACCGGAGCCAAGAGGGGCCGAGGACAUUGGCACGUGGCACACCAUCCUCACCAUCAUGUCCUCGAUGGCGGUCGUGAGCAAUAGCGCGAUAGUCGCCUUUACCAGCGAGAUAUUCCAUAACCAGACGUGGACGACGAGGGUGUGGAUUUUUCUCGGCAUUGAGCACGGCAUGCUGCUGUUCAAGUACUUGCUGGAAGCGCUCAUCAACGACACCCCCGCGGACGUGGGCAUUCAGCUAAAGCGAAACGAAUUCAUCGUUUCCAAGGUUGUGUACAACAUGCCAGAUGACGACGACGAAGAGGCGGUAAGGGCUGGCAUGCCUACGCUCUCGGACCACACGAUCAUCAGCUCCGAUGAGUGAAUGAUACGUCGCUAGCGCGGCAGAACUAACUGGCCGACUGGUUGGCUGAUGGAACGACCAAGAAUAUGCAAAACACUGAAGGGUUGGUUGCUGCAAUAUACAUGUAGUAGCCGGGUGCGACAAACCAUGAAUAUCGGGAAACGCGUGUUGCUUGGCACUACAGCCAUGCUUCCGUUCGGUACAACACAGUACAAAUAUCAAACGUGACAGUGUAUGACAGCACCCGUGACACUCAAGCUCUGGGGUCCUUCGCGCGCACAACAACAUGAGUCAUGUUUGCAACAGAGGCGGUCCAAGGAAAGUCGACAAAAUUCUGGGUCAAGAUUUUCGUGUUGUGCCGGUUGGUGUGUUGACUACUGCCAGUCGAGUGCCAUGUCACCAGGGUGCUCGUACGGGGGUCCGACGGGAGUUGCGAGGUGCCAGAAACAACGUGUACGGUAGAAAAACACGUCUGACAAGAUGCUCUGUUGGUACCAAGUACCCACCACUGUAUGCCCAGAGUGGUGAGAGUGGCGAAAAGCACUCAACAACAUGUUUCCAUUUCUUCCAACUAAUGUUGAUGUUCCUCUUGUGCACGUAUGUAGCCAUCCCGAAAACGAUGAUGCCCCACGUUCCGAAUCGGCACAGGGACCAUCAUACACAUUCGUUCGACAUGAAAACAAGCGUACGGUGGCACGCGCGGAAGAGCAGAACCACGAGAGGAAAGGCCGCACACACAUAAUAACCCGAAUUUCGCCCAAAUUUUCUCCUCUCCUCUUCCUUGUGGCA